AUUCCUCAUUGUGAGCUUCACCCUGAAAUCAACAUUUGGUUGCUGGACGACUAAAUAAAGACCUGUUGGGGAGCAGCUUUGUCAUUUAUGGAGCCUGUUCAAAAUGUAACAUCGUGCCCCCUUCAGACAGUUUUACAACAAACUGAAUCAUCUUUUUUUUUGUCACUGUAAACCUGUUGUCUUAAUCCUGUUGUUUUUUAUAUUUCAGCUACUGCAAGAAGACAGAAAAGUUCAAGAAAGCAGAGACUAAUAAGCCUGUUCUCAGCAAAGUUAAGACGCCUAACCCCAAGAAAAGAAAAGCUGAAUUUUUGUCAAUACAUGUGCAUCCUAAUGGAGAAGCCCUGGUGCCUCCGGUGCACAUCAAGAUGCCCAAAUAUGCAACGAAGAGGUUAGAAGACGUGGUCGCCAUGGUGGCGAAGAAAGUGCACCUUCGUACUGGAGUGAGAAGACUUUACACUCUGGAUGGUCGUCUCAUUGAAGAUCCAAAGGACCUCAAGAGCCACGAACAUUAUGUUGCUGUGGGCAGGGGAGGAUUUAAACCCGUCCCAUACAACCCAGAAGAACCAGCAACCUGCAAGGAGAAAAGCAACAGAGGUGAAGCCGCCUCGCCUGCUGUUGGAACAGCGCCUCGUGCACAAGACGUGCGUGAAGAUGCACGAGAUGUGAAGAUCAGAGACGAGGGAGAGCUGAAAAAGAUCGACCUUCAGGAGGAACCUCCAAAAAGAAGGAACACUUUCGUAGUUCCCCUCUCAGCAGUGGAGAAGAUCAGAGCUAAACCCAUCAUCGUCUCCAGGCAUGACAGAAGAGAGAAACAAGAAGAUUUCCUUGAAAAAGACACGCCCACCAAGAUAACACAGCCAGAGAAGAUCAGAGCUAAACACAUCAUUGUCUCCAGGCAGGCCAGAAGAGAGAAACAAGAAGAUUCCCCUGAAAAAGACACGCCCACCAAGAUCACAUAUCCAGAGAAGAUCAGAGCUAAACCCAUCAUCAUCUCCAGGCAUGACAGAAGAGAGAAACAAGAUUCCCUUGAAAAAGACACGCCCACCAAGAUCACACAGCCAGAGAAGAUCAGAGCUAAACCCAUCAUCGUCUCCAGGCAGGACAGAAGAGAGAAACAAGAAGAUUCCCCUGAAAAAGACACGCCCACCGAGAUCAGAAAACCAGAGAAGAUCAGAGCUAAACCCAUCAUCAUCUCCAGGCAUGACAGAAGAGAGAAACAAGAUUCCCUUGAAAAAGACACGCCCACCAAGAUCACACAGCCAGAGAAGAUCAGAGCUAAACCCAUCAUCGUCUCCAGGCAUGACAGAAGAGAGAAACAAGAAGAUUCCCCUGAAAAAGACACGCCCACCGAGUUCACACAGUCAUUUAAGUGCAUUGAGACGCAUCUGCUGGGUAAAGGAGGCUUUGGCCGCGUCUACGCCGGCUAUGUAAAUGACAUGAAGGUGGCCAUCAAAUACAUCCCUUUGGACCGUGUGCAGUGGGUUAAAAGGGUGACAGAUGGUAAAACUGAACAUGCUCCCCUGGAGGGCUUGCUCAUGGCAGCAGCCACAGCUGGUCGUCCUGUUGGGGCCUCCACUGCUGUCUCACUGCUGGCCUGGCAAAUCAAAGACAAUGAGCUGCUCUUGAUGAUAGAGAGACCGUAUCCCUGCUGUAACCUCGCCUACUAUGUUUUCCAGAAGAAAGUCCUUCUGGAGAAAGAGGCCAAAUACAUCAUGCACCAGUUGGUCUUUGCAGCCGCCGACCUCCAUGCAAAGGGUCUCUUUCAUCGGGACAUCAAGUUAGAAAAUAUCCUGAUUGAGAAGACACGUGAACGACGAGUGAGAAUUAUCGAUUUUGGUGUUGGCACACAUGCAAAGGAGGGAUGGUACAAAAAUUUUGCAGGCACGUGGAACAUUUGCCCUCCUGAAUGUCAACUACAGCAGCAGUACAGGGCCGUUCCUUUCACCAUGUGGCAGCUGGGGGUGGUGAUGUACGAACUCCUGGGAAAUGACAACUUUGAAACCAAACGGUUCCUGGCAAAGGAAGUGAACAUGAAUUUGAAAGCAUCUAAAGACUGCCAGGAUUUCAUGGACAAAUGUCUUUGCGUCCGUCCGGAGGAGCGACCUGACUUUGAGCAGCUGAUGACUCACCCCUGACUCCAGUGACGCGCCGCAGCACGUCUUCAUCACUGCUACAUGCACCUGUUUUCCAAAUUGUAUUUAUUUAUUAUUGGGCGUAACCUGGUGCCUAUUUUUAUUCUUCAGCAUUUUGGUCGACGGCCAUCGUUUUGUGCUUCUGAAAUAAAGUUUGAGUUGAUAUGGUGA